AUGAGCCAGCGAGAGUUUGAGCGCAAGAUGGAGGAGCAUAUUGAGGAGAUGCGCGUGACACAGACCAUUGCAUACUUUAGUCGUACGGUAGAGCUGUGCUUUUCCGACUGUGUGCACGCAUUCCGCAGCAAAAAGCUGGACGACAAGGAGACGUCCUGCGUCAACAACUGCGCUGAGAAGUUUUUACGCCACACGAUGCGUUCAUCCGUACGUUUACAGGAAAGCUACGCCGAGAUUAUGCAGCAGCAGCAAGAUCAACAAAAGUAG